AUGUUCAAGCUCUCUCUCUCUCUCUCGCAUGGAAAUGUGUGUCUAAUACUAGUACCGCAAAAACGUUUUCUUUCCUCCCUCAAUAUAUACUUUGCUUCCCAUCUUCCAGCGGCAGUGAGAGAGUUUUUGAGAUCCAACAAGGGUCUAACACUUAUAAUCUAGUGCUCUUCCUUUGGAUCUCUGCCAUCGACAUGCUCAAAUCAUUAGCCAGAGACUUCAAGUUUAUGAGUAAUGCUUUGCUUUGUAAGCGUACUACGAGAUUUUAUUCAACAGGAGGCAGAGGAAGCAGGCUAGAAGGAAAAGUUGCCCUAAUAACAGGGGCGGCAAGCGGGCUUGGUAGGGCCACUGCCCAAGAAUUCAUUCAGCAUGGGGCCCAAGUCGUCAUUGCCGAUAUAGACACUGAGCUUGGCCCAAAGGUCGCUAAUGACCUGGGCCCUGCAGCUCACUUUGUGGAAUGCGACGUGACCGUGGAGUCUCAAGUAGAGGACGCAGUCAAUGCCGCGGUGUCCCGCCAUAAAAAACUUGACAUAAUGUACAACAAUGCCGGAAUAGCAGGCACGUCGAUGCCACCGAGCAUUGCGGAGAUGGACCUUAAGGAGUUUGACCGGGUGAUGGAGAUCAACGUGCGAGGCGUGGUUGCGGGGAUAAAGCAUGCAGCGAGAGUGAUGAUACCGAUGGGGUCGGGUUCCAUUCUGUGUACGUCUAGCAUAAGUGGGGUAAUGGGAGGGCUGGGGCCACACCCAUAUACGAUAUCCAAGUAUACAAUAAAUGGGAUAGUGAAGUCGGUGGCCAGUGAGCUAUGCGGAGCUGGGGUGAGGAUAAAUUGCAUUUCACCGGCACCGAUUCCAACUCCAAUGGCGGUGGGCCAAAUAGGCAAAUUUUACAAAGGGGCGACAAAGGAGCAAGUGGUGGGAAUAGUGAAUGGGCUCGGGGAGCUGAAGGGGGCUAAGUGUGAAGAAAUAGACGUUGCCCGGGCAGCCUUGUAUUUGGCAUCAGACGAAGCCAAGUAUGUAACAGGUCAUAACCUGGUCGUGGAUGGAGGUUUCACUUGCUAUAAAAAUCUUAGGUUCCCUUCUCCUGAUCAUGAUCAUCAGAUUGUGUAACGACACAUGAUAUGAUAUAUAUACAUAUAAUUGGUAU